AAAGUUAAUCUACCCCACAUGCAAUUCGAGACAACAUAACAGCGAAAAUAAUAAGAGGACACAAAAACAACAACAACAAAAGGCCCUCAGAAGACGAAAACGUUAAGUUCAGUGCGCAUUUGAUCCUUACCAGUCCGUAAUUCGCCUUGGCCGGAUGUAGCUUUGUUUCUUUACUCUUUUUUUUUUUCUCUUUCCUUCUGUUACCAAUACAAUAACAUUAAGCUUCUAGUUUCUUUUUCAAUAAAAAUACAUUAAGGUACGAAAAUGAUCAUUGAAUCGCGCUCGCAUACUUGCACCCAGAUGCACAAGCAGCGGAUGGAUGAAUGGUAAUUUGCAGGAAGCAGAUCUGGGAUUGUAUCAAAAGCAAACAAUUUUUUAAAAAAGAGUUUGUUCAUAAAAAGAGUCUUUCCAUAUUUCAAAGUUUCAAUAUUCUUCGACAGUUUUUGAUAUAAUUUGGCGUUGCUCAUCCUUCCUUGGAAUUCACUGUUUAUUGAUUUGAAUCCGACUCACCCAUUCCUGCAUUUGUUUUUCUUUCCUCAUGAAGUUUCUUAAGUCUCCUGCUUGUCUGUCUAUUGCUGGAUCCGAUUGUAGUGGAAGUGCUGGGAUUCAAGCUGAUCUGAAAGUUAUGCAAGCAUAUGGAGUGUAUGGGAUGUCGGUCUUGACGGCGCUAACCUCACAAAACUCAAAAGGGAUCGAUGGCAUAUAUUCCGUUCACCCUCUACUCAUCCAGAGGCAAUUGGAUGCUUGUCUCAGCGAUAUUGAAUGCCAUACGGUAAAGAUUGGAAUGUUACCAGAUUCGAAAAGCGUACUCCGUAUUGCAGAGACUCUCCAACGGCAUCAAGUAAAAAAUAUAGUCAUGGAUUCAGUGAUCAUUAGCAGCGCUGGGCACAUUAUGUGUGAACGAACUGCAAUAGCAGCCACUAUAAAGCAUCUUUUCCCUCAUGUACUCGUCUAUUCGUCUAAUAUUAUGGAAGCCUAUGUUUUGGUUCAGCGGGCUCUUGGACACGUGCCCUUCGCCCUUCAUUCCUUUGACGACAUUCAGAAACUUGUUACAAUAAUCCAUAAAGCAGGGCCUAAAUUUAUCGUGCUAAAUGGUUAUCAUGUUGCAUAUAAUGAGAACUUUGAGAUUACCAGCAUGCCAACAGCCAACUCUUUUACUAUAAACUUGAUAUUUGAUGGAAAGACUUUUUAUGUGUUUCAAAAACCAUAUGAUUUACUUCAUUCCAAAGCCGUUCAUGGAACUAGUUGUUCAAUAACCGCAGCCAUUGCCUCAAAUUUAGCAUUGGGAAAACCUCCUAUAGAAGCUAUUCAAGAAGCAAUGCAAUCCAUUGAGUGUGCAUUGCUCAAUACACAAGAAGAUACCUCAUCCAUUAACCGAUCUGCUCAAUUAUUCUCUAAAAUAAAGCCUUCUUGUUCCCCUUCCAACCCAAUCGUAACCUUUCAUUUAAGAUCUUCCACUGCUACCACCGAAUUGCAUUCAUCUAUCUCAUCCUCAAAAACAAAAUUAUGAAAAUAAAGUGCUUUUUGAUAAAUGCCUAUUAUUGCCUCUUACGUCCUGCUCUAAACAGGGAUACCCUUUAUGUUUGACGAACAAACUGCUGUUACUAAUUUUUUGCUUUAGAUUAACC